AUGCACUCGGCUUCCAGUAUGCUGGGAGCGGUGAAGAUGGAAGGGCACGAGCCGUCCGACUGGAGCAGCUACUAUGCCGAGCCCGAGGGCUACUCCUCGGUGAGCAACAUGAACGCCGGCCUGGGGAUGAACGGCAUGAACACGUACAUGAGCAUGUCGGCGGCCGCCAUGGGCAGCGGCUCGGGCAACAUGAGCGCCGGCUCCAUGAACAUGUCGUCGUACGUGGGCGCAGGCAUGAGCCCGUCCCUGGCCGGCAUGUCCCCCGGGGCGGGCGCCAUGGCCGGCAUGGGCGGCUCGGCCGGGUCGGCCGGCGUGGCUGGCAUGGGGCCGCACCUGAGCCCGAGCCUGAGCCCGCUCGGGGGGCAGGCGGCCGGGGCCAUGGGAGGCCUGGCACCCUACGCGAACAUGAACUCCAUGAGCCCCAUGUACGGGCAGGCGGGUCUGAGCCGCGCGCGCGACCCCAAGACGUACCGGCGCAGCUACACGCACGCCAAGCCGCCCUACUCGUACAUUUCGCUCAUCACCAUGGCCAUUCAGCAGAGCCCCAACAAGAUGCUGACGCUGAGCGAGAUCUACCAGUGGAUCAUGGACCUCUUCCCCUUCUACCGGCAGAACCAGCAGCGCUGGCAGAACUCCAUCCGCCACUCGCUGUCCUUCAACGACUGCUUCCUCAAGGUGCCCCGCUCGCCCGACAAGCCCGGCAAGGGCUCCUUCUGGACUCUGCACCCCGACUCGGGCAACAUGUUCGAGAAUGGCUGCUACCUGCGCCGCCAGAAGCGCUUCAAGUGCGAGAAGCAGCUGGCCCUGAAGGAGGCCGCGGGCGCCGCGGGCGGCGGUAAGAAGGCGGCCGCCGGGGCCCAGGCCUCGCAGGGUCAGCUCGGGGAGGCCGCCGGGCCGGUCUCCGAGACUCCGGCGGGCACCGAAUCGCCCCACUCGAGCGCCUCCCCGUGCCAGGAGCACAAGCGAGGGGGCCUCGGGGAGCUGAAGGGGACGCCGGCCGCGGCGUUGAGCCCCGCGGAGCCGGCGCCCUCGCCAGGGCAGCAGCAGGCCGCGGCCCACCUGCUGGGCCCGCCGCAUCACCCGGGCCUGCCGCCAGAGACCCACCUGAAGCCGGAGCACCACUACGCCUUCAACCACCCCUUCUCCAUCAACAACCUCAUGUCCUCGGAGCAGCAGCACCACCACAGCCAUCACCACCACCAGCCCCACAAAAUGGACCUCAAGGCCUACGAACAGGUGAUGCACUACCCCGGCUACGGGUCCCCCAUGCCGGGAAGCCUGGCCAUGGGCCCGGCCACGAACAAAGCGGGCCUGGACGCCUCGACCCUGGCCCCAGACACCUCCUACUACCAGGGAGUGUACUCCAGGCCCAUUAUGAACUCCUCUUAA